UCCGGUAUUCUGUCUCUAGACACAACAAGAAACUUAAUCCUCACCGCAACAAACUUUUCCGACCAUAUUUGGUCCACCAAUGUCUCAACUUCAGGAGAUCGGUUGUGCUAUACUCAACUUAUGGAUUCGGGGAACUUGGUUUUGUUUCACGAUGAGAAGAUUGUAUGGGAAAGCUUCCAUCAUCCAACUGAUACCACAAUUCCAUACCUCAAGAUCGGGGUAGACAAGAAAACGAAUAUGAACUGGUUCCUUACAUCUUGGAAAUCUCGUGAAGACCCUGGAACAGGGGAGUUUAUGCUGAAAAUGGAUCUCACUGAACUGCCGGAGGUAAUCUUACAAAAGGGUCAGAAACGGCUGUGGAGAACCGGUCCAUGGAUCGGUGGACGUUGGAUUGGAAUACCCAUGAUGAAGAGGAUGAACUUCUUUUUAGACACCAUUUAUGUAAACAACCAAUAUGAAGUCUCUGUCACGAAUACGAUUAAAGAUGGUUCAUUAAUCCUAGAAAGAAUGGUUGUGAACGAAUCAGGUGUUCUUCAGAGGAUGACGUGGCACGAGUCAGACAAUCAGUGGUUCGUUUUUAGGUCGUUCCCGACAGACCGGUGCGACAACUACGGCAAGUGCGGGUCGUAUGGCUAUUGUGACCCUCAAUUCACAGAGGAGGAAUUCGAGUGCACGUGCCUUCCUGGGUUUGAACCGUUGGUUCCACGUGACUGGUUUUUAAGGGAUGGUUCGGAUGGGUGUUUAAGAAAGAAAGGGCAGGCGGCGUGUGAUACAAACCGGGAUGGGUUCUUUAAGUUGGUAAAAGCUAAAUUGCCGGCGACUGGGGUGGCGCGUGUUGACCGGAGUAUCGUCGGAGUUGAUGCAUGCGGAGAGGCUUGCCGGAAGAAUUGCACGUGCACGGCGUAUGCAAGUGGAGGGGAGGGUGAAGGAAGUGCAUGCGUCACGUGGCAUGGAGAAUUGGUUGAUAUAAGAGUCUUUACAAAUGGUGGCUGGGACCUAUACGUAAGGGUCAAUGAACUUGAAUUAGCUAAAUAUUCCAAUAGACCAAGAUCUAGUCGAGCCAAACGGAAAAGAGUGACAUACAUUGCGAUAUCUAUAUCGACAAUACUAGUCAUAAGUUUGUUCGUGCUUUGUUGGUCGUUCAUCGUAAAAAGGAGAAAAGAGCGAAAGAUAAAAGAGUGUGAAACUUGUUUUGCUCCUACCAAUUGUUCGUCGAUCAGCGAUGAAAGGAUAGUGACAUUUGACGAGAGUAAAAUCAAUACAAAUUUGCAUUUGUUUGACUUCAAUACCAUCGUCAAAGCUACUAGCAAUUUCUCAAUUUCAAAUACACUUGGAGAAGGAGGUUUUGGCAAAGUUUAUAAGGGACAACUAAGGAAUGGGAAAAUAAUUGCCGUUAAGAGAUUGGCGACAAACUCUAAACAAGGAGGGGAAGAAUUUAAGAAUGAGGUUUUUUUAAUUGCCAAGCUUCAACAUAUCAAUUUGGUGAAACUAUUAGGAUGUUGUGUUCAACAACACGAGAAAAUGUUAAUAUAUGAAUACAUGCCAAAUAAGGGUUUAGAUUCUUUCAUCUUCGAUAAGGAUAUGGGUGCUCUACUAAAAUGGGAAAAACGAUUUGGAAUCAUUCUAGGAAUUACAAGGGGAUUGAUGUACCUUCACCAAGACUCUAGAUUAAGAGUUGUCCAUAGAGAUUUGAAAGCAAGCAAUAUUUUAUUGGAUAAUAGAAUGAAUCCUAAAAUCUCAGAUUUUGGAAUGGCUAGAAUUUUCGAAAGAAAUCAAAUGGAAGCAAAUACAAAAAGAAUAGUUGGUACCUACGGUUAUAUGUCUCCCGAAUAUGCAAUGAGAGGGUUAUUUUCAAUCAAAUCUGAUGUUUUCAGUUUCGGUGUUAUACUACUCGAGCUUAUAACUGGAAGAAAAAACAAUAGUUAUCAUGAAGAUAACACAAUUAAUUUGAUUGGAUAUGUAAGUAAUAACUUAAUAAUUGAAAAACUUAACUUAUACUAAUCAAUUAUUUUACUAUU